AUGGAUUCUGAGACUACGGAGGAUGAGACGACCGAGCCCCAGCUGGAGACCAAAGAAGGCAGGCAGCAGGACAAGGCCGGGCGCAAGGGACAAACAGGUGAAGGUCGGAUGAUGGACUAUAACCCAGACGCUCCAGAUCGCAGAGCCACUCUUCCAGGCACUUAUGACCCUGUAGUGGAGCGAGAACUACGUGCUCUGAGCUCCCGGCCCCCAGGGGCCCAUCUGGACCCCUCUCAUCUGUCCAGGAGCGAAACUGCCCCCCACCACUCACACACAAACAGUGCUCCUGCUCCAACCCGAGACAAAACUGAAGGAGUUCCCCCUUCUAAGACCAUGACGCCUCAAAGCAGUCGCGCAGGCCCCAAGAUCUCUGACAAGGUGAAGGCGUUUGAGGAGCGUGGCACCAGCAUGGCCGGAGAGCGGAGGGGAGACGCCAUCCAGAGACGAGGCGCAUUCAAGCAGCGCGCCUCUUCACUGGAAGACAAGAGCAGCUAUGACCUCAAAGUCCAGGAUUACCAGAGCAAGUUCACAGAGGAGCUCCAGAGAAUCAAAAAACUGGUGGGCAAACCCAACUUGAAGAAGGCCUACUCCACUGAGCAGUUGGCCCCACAGAGACUGAAGCCGGGCCCUAGAAAACUGGAACCCAUCCCACCCCAAGUCAUCCGAAAACUGGAGGCCCUGGAGGGGAGGACGCAGAAGAGCAGAGCAGGAGAUGGGACUGUUGCCAAGGAGACCACCUCAACCCAGAAGAACCCCACAAGAAGCUCCAGCUCCCCAAUUCAAGACCUGACCACGGGGAAGAGGACAUCUCCAGUGAGCAACAAGGACCACGCACCCAAGCCACAGAUCCUCUCCACUCCCUCCCCCACCACCGUUGCUCCCAUUAGCCCAGUGACCAAGCGGCGCAGAGAGGAAGGGAAGCUCUCCAUCCCCACCAUCCUGGUAGAAGACAAGCCCCUGGAGACAGAGCGUGUGGGGAGGCGAAGGAGGAGCAGGAGAGGUCCAAAGUCUUCGGAGGAAGGGGCCUCCUCCGAUGACUCCUACCAGUCUGCAGACGAGGAGCCAGUGACAGCGGCUAGUGGAAAAGAGGCAACACUACCUGGCAACCCUCCACCUGCAGGGGCUACCCAAAUGUGUCGAAGCAGUGCUGGUGCAGGGGUGGGGUCCGAUGAGGAGUACCUGAGCCCCCAGGAAGAGCCCAUGGAGAUCACACCGUCCUCUGCCCCCACCAAGAGAGUGCACUUCAAAGAACCACCUCACGUUCAGAUAGCACCAAGCGACAUCUCCGUAACCGAGGGCAACGACAUGGUCAUCAGCGCUAAAGUGCGGGGCCAGCCACCUCCCAUGGUUCAUUGGUCCAAAGACAGAACCAUCUUGACGACAGCUGGCCGCUACUCCAUCAUGCAGACUGAAGAGGGCGAUGUGGAGAUGAGGAUAACAGCGGCUCAGCAGUCUGAUGCCGGGGUCUACGUGUGUAAAGUUAUCAAUGAGCACGGGGUGGAGCAGGCCCAGUGUCAAGUGGUUGUCAAUGCUUUGAGCACACCAGCAUGCCUGAAGAUCCUGAGGAGUGUGAAAGACGUGUCUGUUCGAGCGGGAGAGUCCGCCAUGUUUGAGUGCUUCAUCUGUGGCCCGGCAGACGUGGACGUGGACUGGCUCUCCAACGGGAAGCUCAUCCAGCCCGCUCUUCUCAACUGCAAGAUGACCUUUGACGGCAGGAGGUGCCGCCUCCUGUUAAACUCUGUGCAUGAGGACGACAGUGGGACUUACAUGUGCAAACUGACCACCGCUAAAGAGGAGCUGACCUCCAGUGCCAGUCUAAAGGUCAGUCCGUCUCGAGAGCCGCUCUUCACCCGCAGGCUGGACGUGCUGGAGGUGAUGGAGGGGCGCACGGCCAGGUUCAGCUGCAAAGUCAGUGGCACGCCUCCCCCCACUGUCACAUGGAUGCACUUUGAGUCAGUGGUGGAGGAGAGUGAGAAUGUGCGCGUGCUGCAGGAGGGCGGCCGACACUCGCUGAUCAUCAUAGGGGUCAGCAGCCACACAGAGGGCUUCUACACCGCCAUCGCCCACAACACCCAGGGCACCGCAGAGUGUACUGCCGAGCUGUACGUGCAGGAGCCCCGGGCCGCCAUCACUUCACACAUGACAAAGCUGGAGAAGAUGCCGUCUAUCCCAGAAGAGCCGGAGUGUGCGGAGGGCGAGGUGGAGCGCAGGACCAUGCCGGACUUUGUGAGGCCUCUGAGCGACGUGGAGGUGAUUGAGGGCAAAGAGGCUGUCCUCAAAUGCACCGUGUCAGGCCUGCCCUACCCCACCAUCAGCUGGUACCACAACAGCAAGCAGAUCCAGAGCAGCGAGGAGCGCAAGAUGACACACUACAGGGAUGUCCACAGUCUGCUCAUUCGCAGUGCGUGCCACGCCCACGGAGGGGUCUACAAGGCCGUUAUCGCCAACAAGGUGGGCAAGUCCACCUGCUACGCUCAUCUAUACGUCACUGAUAUUGUGCCUGAGCCUCCAGAUGGGACUCCAGAGAUCGAGUCCAUCACAGGGAAGACUAUCAGUCUGAGCUGGAAGAAACCCAAGAGGACCGACGCUGCUCUAGAUUGUUUGGUGUAUGUGGUGCAGCAGCAGGCGUUGGGCUCCAUCCAGUGGAGCGUGGUGGCCUCUAACCUGAAAGAGACCAGCUACACGGUGACCGGCCUGACCAAAGGUGUGCGCUAUGCCUUCCGAGUUCUCAGCUCCACCGGCAAGACGCUCAGCAAGCCGUCGCCCUCCACAGACCUGGUACAGCUCCUAGACAAAGGGCCAUAUUUGAGAAAAGCCCCGGUGAUCAUGGAUAAACCAGACGUGGUGUACGUGGCAGAGAACCAACCCACAACCCUGAUCAUCCAGCUCAACCACGUGCACGCCACCGUCUCCUGGAAGAGACGUGGCAUAGCCUUGGUUCACCGGCCCGGCGUGUGUGAGCUCUCUAUGCCCGAUGACGACCAGCACAUGCUCCGGCUGCCGAGAGUUCGCGCCUCUGACCUGGGCCAGAUUGUUGUCAUGGCAACCAACCAAUACGGCAGCGACCUCGCCACGCUCCAGCUGGUGUUGGCAGUGCCGCCCAAGUUUGAAAGCAUCAUGGAGGACGUGGACGUGAAUGUGGGGGAAACGUCUCGGUUGGCGGUGGUAGUGGAGGGAAAACCAGACCCUGAAAUUCUGUGGUUUAAGGAUGACCUUCUUCUUUCGGAGAGCAACCACUUCACAUUUGUCUACGACGAGCCGGAGUACUCCUUGGUGGUCCUGAACGCCCAGCCCGAGCACAGCGGGGUCUACACCUGUACGGCCAAGAACCUGGGGGGCCCCAACUCCUGCAAGGCCCAACUCACUGUGCACACAGAGCGGAAGGAGGAGCCGGAGCCAAUGGAGGACCAGGGCUCCAUCCUGCGCAAGAUGAGACGCCUCACAGACUACUACACUGUGCACAAGCAGAUCGGCAGGGGCGCCUUCUCCUACGUGAAGCGGGUGACUCAGAAGAAAACCAAGGCCGAGUUUGCUGCCAAGUUUGUGUGCGCCCGGGGGCAGAGGAAGACGGCCGCGCUCAGGGAGAUGGAGCUGCUGUCGGAGCUGGACCACCGCAACAUCCUCUACUUCCAUGACGCUUUCGAGAAGAAGAACAUCCUGGUUCUCAUCACAGACCUAUAUCAUGAAGAAAUGCUGGACAGAAUGGCAAAGAGAACGACCGUCAUGGAAGUGGAGAUUCGGAACAGUGUGCAGCAGAUUCUAGAGGGACUGAGAUACCUCCACGAGAAGAGCAUUGUGCAUCUUGACGUAAAGCCUGAGAACGUUCUCUUCUGCGGCCCCAGCACGGACCAGCUCCGUCUCUGUGAUCUGGGGAAUGCUUUGAAACUGGACCCGGCCGACGAGCACUACUGCAAGUACGGCACGCCAGAAUACAUCGCUCCGGAGAUCAUUAACCAAACCCCGGUCUCCACGGCAACCGACAUAUGGUCUGUGGGAGUCAUCACUUACCUCUGUCUGACAGGCGUGUCUCCAUUCGCGGGAGAGAACGACCGAUCCACAGCUCUCAACAUUCGCAACUACAACGUGGCGUUUGAGGAGAGCAUGUUCUCAGGCCUGUGCAAAGAGGCAAAAGGAUUUGUCAUCAAGCUGCUGGUGGUGGACCGGCUGAGGCCCACAGCUGUGGAGUGUCUUCGUCAUCCCUGGUUCAAGUCUCCCAAAAACAAGAGCAUCAGUACUGCGCUGCUGAAGCAAGUGUUGUCUCGGAGGAAGUGGCAGCGCUCCUUGAUCAGCUACAAAUCUAAGAUGGUGAUGCGUUCCAUCCCCGAGCUCCUGAGUGACUCUUCCAACCACGUGUCAAUUGCUGUGGCCCGACACCUUAAGGAAGGCACCCCCCCUCCUUCCUCUUCCUCUGAUUCUGAUGCUGACAUGGACGAGCCUUUCAUCCCCAUGCCCCUCUCCAUGGCCUUCUCUGGGUCACGCAUUUCACUCAAUGACAUCCCUGGAGACGACGACAUUGCAGGGUUAGGGACUGAAACUCCCAUGGAAGGUGUACGUGAGGAGGAUAUGGAAGAAGAUAAACGAGUUCAGAGAGUGCCUCUUAAAAAAGACUCGAGCAUAGAAGUGGAGGAAUUGCAAACCAAAUCCCGGCGUGCAACCAUGAGGCGCGGUAGUUCUGCAGAUUCAGCUCUACUCCUCCACAUUGACCCGGAGGAGGCUGGAGCUAUCGAAGAAGAAGCAACAGCUAACAAGAUGCUGAAAAAGGCAGUUUCUAUGGAACUGCCUAAUCGAAGCCCAAGUCCCGGCCCGGGCAAGCUAAGUCAAGAAGACUAUGCACUCAAGCUAGAACUGAUGCGGCAAAGACUACUACGAGGUGGCAGUGAUAAAAAGAUGAGCGGGUUAAGAGGACCUCUGUUUGAGACUUUAGGGGUGGAGGAAAAUACGUCAACCGGUUCCCUGGUUAGAAGUUUGCGUCGAUCUAAAACCGGUCCAUCAUCUCUAGUCCGAGCAGCUUCCUCUGAGACCUCACCUGAGGAUACGCCCAAGACCAAAGUGUUCCGCAAAAGCUCCUCCUUUUCGCAAGGAGAUUCAGAACCAAUGCCCCUUCACAGGAGAUUCGGAGCACCGUUGGAGAUUCCGUCAGCAAGUAGUAGCAGUAGUAGCGUGGACGGAAAGAACUUGCAAGAGGCAACUUCUAUGUCGGCGCUCACGGAAACGGAUUCUGCUAAGAAUUCUCCAACUGUGAAAGUGUCAUUCAGACUACCAGAAACAAGGGACCAACUGGAUGAAAGUUUAGAUGAAGUUUUGAGGACCAAGAUUCAAGGAAAAUCCCAUGUUCCCCCAAUAAUUAUUGUUGAGGAACCCAUUGAUGAAAAGAAAGAAACUCCGACAAUAGCAACACAAGAUAAGGAUAAAAGUGGAAAAAUAUCUGAAUCAGAGAAAGAAGAACUUCCCAACAAGGCUUCAUCAAAGUCCACUGAGUCUUUACCAGAACAUCCAGCUGUAUUUGCCAAAGUCGCAACCACAGAUCUAAAGUCUACUCCUGUGGCCUCCAAUUCGGAGACUCCCGUCCUCAACCGCCAACCUGCGCUACGGAGCGACAUCAAGGACAUCGACUCUGAGGAAGUCUUUGAAGCGAGAUUCAAAAAGAGGGAAUCGUCUCUAACUCGUGGUCUCCGCAAACUAACCAGAAAUCGCUCUGAGGAAAGGUCCCCAGUCAGGAAGGCCAACGAAGGGGGUGAGGAAAUAUACAGGCCAGCCGCAAGAGGAGCCCCAUUGGAAAUGGUUCAGAAGGCCCUUAAAGAAAGAGCACAGUCUGUCCAAGACCUGAGAGAGGAAGAGAAGGAUGCUGGUUUUGGCUUGAUUGGAAGGUUUUCUUUGCGGGCCAAGAGAUCGUCAUCAGUUGAGAAGAAGCCAGAGAAAGCUAAAGAGGAAACUGCAACAAGCAAAAGGGUGUCCUGGGCUAUUGGACGCAGCAAGUCACUGGACACGCAAAAACAGCUGGAGAAACAAGAAGAGAAAUCAGAAGAAUCAGCUGUAUUUUCCAUGAGGCGACGAUUUGAGUCCAAAGUUUCUGAAAUCUCUGCCAAAAUCAGGACCCAGUCAGAAGAGCGACGAGAAAAGGACCGCAAUGGAAGUCUAAAAGAUUUGAAGAAAGUGAGUGAUUCGCCAGUGUUGGCCAUGAAACAGAGGUUUGAGAACAAAGUGACAGGGAUCUCCUCCAAAAGUCGUAGUCAGUCAGAGGAGAGAAAAGUAGAAAAUGAAGGGAAAAGAACGCCGAUCUUCAGCCGUCAUCGGUAUUCCCAGUCAGAAGGUCGCGGGCUUAAAGGAAUGGGCAUCCCAGAGAACCAGCUAGCAAAACAGGCUUCAACCACUGCUUCAAAAGAAUCCAUAGAGUCCACCGGCAGCCAGUCGACGGAGAAGGCACAAGAGAGCGAGCGGAGAUCCAGGUGGGACCGAUGGGGGCUGUCCAGGGGCAGGAGGGAGCGGGCAUCCUCCCAGCCUGAGGUGAGAUCAGCAGGGGCAGAGUCAAGCCCCUCAGCCUCAGACUUCGCUCCUGUCUUCCACAUUAAACUCAAGGACCAUGUUCUGCUGGAGGGAGACCCAGUGACCCUCAGCUGUCUGCCGGCCGGGAGCCCUCUACCAGAGAUCACCUGGAUGAAAGACCGUAAGCCCCUGGAGGUGGACGAGCGCAUGAACCUGAUCUCCCACCCUGACGGCCGACAACUCCUGACUAUCAUGAAGAGCUGCCGUAGAGACGCCGGCGUGUUUGAGUGUGUGGCCACCAACCCCAUCGCCGCGGUCACCACCUCCUGCACCCUCUCAAUCGCAUGUGUUCCCAAACGUCCCGGGACGCCAGAGGUGCCGCAGACCUAUAACAACACAGCUCUGGUGCUGUGGAAGCCCGCUGACACCAAGCCCCCCUGCUCCUACACCCUGGAGAGGAAGAGUGAGGGUGACUCCUGCUGGCUGACUGUGGCUUCAGGGAUCAUGGACUGUUACUACAAUGUGAGUGAGCUGCCAGAGAGCACCGCCUUCCGCUUCAGAGUGGCCUGUGUGAAUAAAGCCGGGAAGGGCCCCUACAGCAACCUGUCUGCUGCUGUUACCACGGCAACCACAGGUGGUGAAGCCCCUCCCUCUGUAGCCGUGGUAAAGACCGUUCCAGAGCCUGCUGUCUCUGUCACUGCUCCCCUCCUCAAACCCUCCCAGAAUCACACCCCCACCCCCUUAACCCUGCCCUCAUCUGAGCCCACCAUUCCCACCUCCACCAACACCCCCACCACUGCAGAGAAGCCCACACACCCCACUAAAACCACUCCAUUUGUCAUCACCAAAGCACAGAGCCCAGUAAACGUGGUGACACCCAUGACGCAGACUCCGCCCUCAUCUGUGUUAGCCCCUCCCAUCAUCGUAACCCCUCCUACCACGCCCACCAAACCCGCCCUGAGCUCAGUCCUCGCCCACACACCUGUGAAAGCCCCCACUCCAGUGUGUUUCACCCCACAAGUGCUCCAGACGUCCAGUCUCAGCCCUAUCGCUGACGGGACCAGCACCCCCAGAGGAACUCCUGGGGGACGGACCACACCCGGAGGGCGGACCACCCCCUCCAUGGGGCUCAGACAGGGAGUCCCGCAGAAGCCAUACACUUUCCUGGAGGAGAAGGCCAGGGGUCGGUUUGGUGUGAUCCGUGAGUGCCGGGAGAACUCCACGGGCAAAAUCUUCAUGGCCAAGAUCGUCCCAUACACACAGGAGAACAAGCAUGAGGUGCUGAGGGAGUAUGAGAUCCUCAAGACUCUCCACAACGAUCGGAUCAUGGCCCUGCACGAGGCAUACGUCACCCCCCGAUACCUGGUGCUGGUGGCAGAGUAUUGCGGCGGCAAAGAGCUGCUGCUGCACCUCAUCGACAGGUUCCGAUACUCGGAGGACGACGUGGUGAGCUACCUGGUGCAGAUCCUUCAGGGUGUGGAGUACCUUCACAGCCGCCGCGUCCUGCACUUAGACCUGAAACCAGAGAACAUCCUGGUGUCCAGCCUCAACGCAGUCAAGAUCCUGGACUUCGGGAGCGCCCAGAGCUUCAACCCCCUGACGCUCCGACAGCAGGACACUCGCCUGGGCACGCUGCACUACAUGGCUCCUGAGAUGGUGAAGGGUGAAGUGGUGGGACCCCCCGCUGACAUCUGGAGUGUUGGAGUCAUCACACACGUCAUGCUGAGCGGGCGGCUGCCUUUUGAGGACAAAGACCCUCAGAAGGUGGAAUCCAAAAUCCUCAUAGCCAAGUUUGACCCCACAAAACUGUACCCCAAUGUGUCCCAGAGCGCAGCCACCUUCCUCAAGAAGAUGCUGAGCAGUUACCCCUGGGCGCGUCCCACCAGCCGCGACUGCUUCUCCCACGCCUGGCUGCAAGACUCGUACCUGAUGAAGCUCCGGCGUCAAACCCUCAACUUCAGCACAGGCCGCCUCAAAGAGCACCUGGUGGAGCAACAGAGCCGUAGGGCGGAGGCGGCUACGAGACACAAACGGGAGAUAGAGCCCGGACACAGCGGACACAGCGGACACAGCGGAGCGACUGUGCGCGGAAUGGCGUCGCGGUAA